AUGAGGGCCAUCCUCCCCCUCCUGUCGCUGAGCACCGUCGCUCAAGCCCUGUACUUCUACAUCGACGGCAGCAACCCCAAGUGCUUCUUCGAGGACCUGCCCAAGGACACCCUGGUCGUCGGCCACUACGAUGCCGCAGAGUACGACGACAACACGCAACAAUGGUCGAAACACGACGGCCUGAGCAUCUACAUCUCGGUCGAUGAAGUCUUCGACAACGACCACCGCGUGGUGUCGCAGCGCGGCUCGUCGAGCGGGCGCUUCACCUUCAGCGCGGCCGACGCCGGCGAGCACCGCAUCUGCUUCACGCCCUCGUCCAGCAGCGGCCGCCAGGGCUGGCUGAGCGCCCUGAGCCCCAACGGCGGCAUCAAGCUGACGCUCGACCUGGCCAUCGGCGAGACGAGCGACAUCGAGAGCGCCGACAAGGGCAAGAUGGAGGACAUCUCCCAGCGCGUCCGCGACCUGCACUCGCGCCUGCAGGACAUCCGCCGCGAGCAGGUCUUCCAGAGGGAGCGCGAGGCCGAGUUCAGAGAUCAGUCCGAGUCCACCAACGCCCGCGUCGUCCGCUGGAUGUUCAUCCAGGUCCUCGUCCUCGGCGCCACCUGCGCCUGGCAACUGUCGCAUCUCCGGUCCUUCUUCAUCAAGCAGAAGCUCACCUAG